AAGUAUUAGUGGCUUCCGGUAAAUGAGCAUCCGGUCGUAAGUAAACCGGUGUCGUCAACAAGCGAAAGUACAAGCACUGUCUCUCUGCUACAAAACUCAGCUUUAUCAAUUCUGCUAUUGGGAGCACUGCAGAGGGUUGCAGCAGUGCAGAGUAACUUUCUUUUGUGACGAAUAUUAUACGUCAAGAUGACAGCUUUUGAAGAAAUGGGUGUAAUGCCAGAAAUUGGCAAAGCUGUUGAGGAAAUGGACUGGAGCUUACCCACCGAUGUUCAAUCAGAGGCUAUUCCUAUGAUUUUAGGAGGUGGUGAUGUAUUAAUGGCUGCAGAAACUGGCAGUGGUAAAACUGGGGCCUUCUGUUUGCCAAUUUUACAAACUGUACAUGAAACCCUGAAAGACAUCCGAGAAGGGAAGUCAUCAGCAAGGAAGUCCAAAAAGGGUGGAGGUGGAAGUCAGUGGAAGAUGAAUAUGUAUGAUCGAGGUGACGCUAUGGCCAUUGAUCCAGAUGGACUUCUUUGUCAAGCAAGAGAUGCGCAGGGCUGGCAUGGGACAAGGGCCAGUAAAGCUGUUUGUGGAAAAGGAAAGUACUAUUUUGAAGCCAUUGUCACUGAUGAGGGUCUUUGCAGGGUGGGGUGGUCGACCGCCAAGGCCAAACUGGAUCUAGGGACAGACAAGUUUAGUUUUGGCUUUGGUGGGACAGGGAAGAAGUCCUGGGACAAGCAGUUUGACUCCUAUGGAGAGGCGUUUGGUAUGAAUGAUGUGAUCGGCUGUUAUUUGGACCUUGACAAAAGAGAGAUCAGAUGGUCAAAGAAUGGAAUUGACUUGGGCAAAGCGUAUGAUAUUCCUGGACAUCUGUCUAAUGAGCCAUUCUACCCUGCUGUUGUACUGAAGAAUGCAGAGAUGCGGUUCAGUUUUGGGAAAACAGAAUUCAAAUUUCCGCCACAGGGUGGCUAUAUAGCUGUGUGUCAAGCCAGUGGAGAUUGCUGCCUUGAUUCCAAAAUUGUUGGUCAAAGUACGGCCAAUGCUGCUCCAGCUCCCAAUGCACCGCAGGCAAUUAUCAUCGAGCCCUCUCGUGAGCUGGCAGAACAGACGCUGACUCAGAUUCAGAAGUUCAAGAAGCAUCUGGACAACCCGGAUGUCCGCGAGCUACUGAUCAUCGGCGGAGUGAAUGUCAAGGAGCAGACAGAUGUGCUGGCCCGUGGGGUGGACAUAGUCGUCGGCACGCCAGGUCGUUUGGAGGAUCUCAUCUCUACCGGCAAGCUGGCCCUGCACCAGGUGCGAUUCUUUGUGCUGGACGAGUGCGACGGUCUCCUCUCCGCUGGCUACGGGGACCUCAUCAACCGCCUGCACCAGCAGAUUCCCAAAGUCACCAAUGACGGCAAGCGUCUACAGAUGAUCGUCUGCUCGGCCACGCUGCACUCUUUCGAUGUGAAGAAGAUGGCGGAGAGGCUGAUGUACUUCCCCACCUGGAUUGACCUGAAGGGCCAGGAUGCCGUGCCGGAGACGGUCCACCAUUGUGUGUGCACGGUGGACCCGGCGGUGGACACUCAGUGGAAGCAGCUCCGACGUCAGAUCAAGACGGACGCGGUCCACGAGAAGGACCGGAUUAACCCCGAGUCACACUCCGCAGAGACAUAUUCUGAAGCUGUCAAGCUACUCAAAGGAGAGUACGUCAUUAAUGCUAUUGAUGAGCACAAGAUGGACGUUGCGCUUAUCUUCUGUCGAACAAAGCUGGACUGCGAUAAUCUGGAGAAAUAUUUGCAGCAGCGUGGUGGAGGAAAAUACUCAUGUGUGUGUCUUCAUGGUGACAGAAAGCCACACGAACGCAAGGGCAAUCUCGAGAAGUUCAAGCGGAAAGAAGUGAGGUUCAUGAUCUGCACUGACGUCGCGGCCAGGGGUAUCGACAUCAACGGCCUUCCGUUUGUCAUCAACGUGACGCUACCAGACGAGAAGCAAAACUACAUCCACCGCAUUGGUCGUGUGGGUCGGGCGGAGAGAAUGGGGCUUGCCAUCAGCCUGGUGGCCUCGUGCAAAGAGAAGGUCUGGUACCACUCCAACUGCAGCAACCGCGGCCGGGGCUGCUACAACACCAACCUGACGGACCACGGCGGCUGCUGCAUCUGGUACGACGAGCCCAAACUGCUGAGCGACGUGGAGGAGCACCUGGACGUGACCAUCGACCGCAUCCAGCCGGACAUGAAGGUGCCGAUCAACGAGUUUGAUGGAAAAGUCACUUACGGCAAGAAGAGGACCGGAGGGGGCAGUGCGUACAAAGGCCAUGUGGAGUUUCUGGCCCCCACAGUGUCAGAACUGGCACAGCUUGAAAAGAAAGCUCAGACGACCUUCAUUGACCUCAAGUUCAAGAAAAAGCUGGCCAAUAGACAGUAGGUCGUUGGCGAGUGUUUUUUUGACAGUUUAUGUUUGUGAGAGACUGGGAAAGUGUGAUACCUUUUGGUUGUUGCUGUUUACUUAACUUUGUGUUGUAGCCUAUCCAUUUUUUUUUUAGAAAAACAAAAUACUGUCGAAACUGUCCAUGACAGCUACCCUUUGUCAGGGAGAAAAGUGGUUGUUGUAAACAGGUGGUCGUCUGGGAUAACAUAAUUAUGAUGUACAAAAAAAUGGAAGGGGGAUGUGGGAAGUAGUUGUUGUGUACAGUUGACUGUCUUAGACUGGUGGCCAUAAAUCCCCGUCGUUUUAUGCAAGAAAAAUUCUGAAAUUGUGCAAACUGAGCCCAAAAA